CGUCUUUAAAAUGGUGGCCGUUAGGGUAGAGCUAACUUGUGAUGCAUAUCUUUGCUGUCUGACUCACGCCAUGUCCACUGAAAGAGAAGAAGUGAUGGGUCUAUUACUAGGAGAAAUAAUAGAAGAAGGAGAAGUUGCUGUAGUUCAAGUGUUUUCACUGUACAUGAUGAGGAGACUUGAUAAACAACCUGACAGAGUAGAGAUAUCCCCAGAGCAGCUGUCAUCAGGAGCCAUUGAAGCUGAGGCCUUGAGUGAGAGGAUGAAUAGGACAGUACAAGUGGUGGGUUGGUAUCACAGUCAUCCUCAUAUUACUGUAUGGCCUUCACAUGUAGAUGUUCGUACUCAGGCUAAUUACCAGUUGAUGGGUCGUCAUUUUGUUGGUCUCAUUUUCUCAUGUUUUGAAGAAAUUGAUAAAGUAAGUAACCACACCCACUUUAAUUAA